AUGAGCACUUCGAAUGAUAAUUACACAAUCCACAAGGUUUCCCUCAAACGUACCCGCCAAGCAUGUGGUCCAUGUCGUCGCAAAAAAGCUCGCUGCCCGGGUGAGAAGCCCACAUGUUCACUAUGUGGUAGGCUGGGCCAAAGGUGCACAUAUGGAUCGCAGGAAGCGCCCAGUCGCACCCGAGGCCGUACGGGAUCCGCGAAUGAUGAGAAUUCCAAUCUAGAUGGAUCAGUCGAGGGUGCUGAUCCAGACGUUCCUUCUGCGUGGCGUGUCCAGCGUAUAGAACACAAGCUGGACGAAAUUUCCUCGUUACUUCGAGAACGCCUUCCACCAACCGAUACCUUGAUUGAAGCUCUGAAUGGUGAUAUACCCACAGCUCUAGAGCAUAUCCGAAAGCAGCCUAACGAAGGACUUGACCUGGGUGAACUGGUAACGGUGGACGACGAGUCGACAAGGAUAAUUGAAUCUGGAGCACACGCAACUCACACAUUCAGCUGUCCACUUUCCACUGCGUUCAUCCAAGCCGAAGUCGAGGUCUAUCUCAACAAGUUUCACGAUCAGCCCUAUUGCGUGUUCGUCGAGCAAUGGCUUCGAGCAAAUGCGAGAUCUUUGCCAUUGGAGAUCACCUUCGCGUUGGUCGGCCUUACCCGACGUCUCACAGUUAACUCUCCUGGAAUGCCCAAUCUGGAUACACCAACGGGGAAAUAUUGUACGGAGAGAGCUUGGAAAAUACUAUCAACGCAGUACCAGCAGGGCAAGACGGGCCUGUCUUUCCUACAGGCUACGUUUCUUGUCGCCCAGCUAGACUUUGCAGAUGGGAAUGCGCACCGUGGUUGUGCUUCGGUUGCUGUUGGUCUCCGAACAAUCCAGUCCUUUGGGUUCAACCAGGGCAAGACACUCUCCUCAUUCACCAAGACCGAGGCUGAAGCCAGAAGGCGGAUAACAUGGGCAUUUUUCAUGCUUGAUCGCACUUACAACGCUUCGCGAAACUAUUCGCUGUGCCUCUCUGAUAAUCAUUUUACGUUGUUCUUCCCUUCUGCCUCGGAAGAUUCCCCUGCGCUGGGAACACUGCAUGAGAAAUCAAUGAAACAGGGGCAAAAGGUCGACCAAGGCAUUAUCGCUUGCCUCCUCAGGCUAUACUCACUCUGGGGCAAAGCAACAGAAUGGGUAUUCGAACCUCUUCCCACGAGUACUCUGCCCCCCUGGCGGACCGGCUCGGCUCUUGCGAUCCUCGAAUCAGAGUGGAUGAUAUUCGAGACCCAAUUUGCAGAUGUCCAUCGCUAUAUGAACGUUGAUUUCAAACGGCGAGCGCGUCAAGAUCCUCAAUCUCGGCCAUACCUGUCAACCUGGCUCUGUGUUCAAUUCUUGUUCCAUUCGAUCCAGUGUCUUCUUCACCAUCCCUUCGUGACCAUGAUCAAACUACGUCACCUGAGUGAGAAUUUGUCUGCGACCUUCUUACAGAAGUCAUUUGAAACGUCUUUACUUCACUCUCGCUGGAUUGCCAGAUUUAUCAAGGAAAUGGCAGAGGUUGACCUGCAUCUGUGUGACCCUUUCUUUGGAUAUCUCGCUGCGAUCGCGGCUACUAUCCAGCUUGAGCAUACUGGGAACAAGAACCCGCAAAUCGCACUUUUGCUCAACAAUGAAUACCGGGUCCUUGUCAACUUCAUCACGGAACUCUCCUCCCACUGGGAGAAUAUGGGCGUAUUGGCACAUCGGAUAAACGAACUAGCUGCUCGCCAUAGCAAUUAUGGCUCUCUGUUCUACAAUCAAGACGGCUUUUCAGGAGCCUUGUCCAGCAUGCCCACACCAGCAAACCUGCCAAGAAUGUCAACCGAAGACGAGGCCUUGAUGUGGGACAUUCUAGAUUUCGCUUCCUCGUCUAGUCCCCUGGAAGCGACCGAGGCUAUUUCGCCAGCACCGAUGACGAAGAAAAGGAAAAUGACAAAACAGCCGACGGCAAGAUCGACGCGACAAAGGAAUCUCGGUGAACAAGGGGACCUGGAGAAUACAACCACCCCGGGCGUACCCUCUCAUGAGGAUCAUGGCAUUGACGGAUUGGGCGGGCCAAUCGUGAAUGAUGAAUCGAUAGCUGACUGGCAAUUUCCCGAUCGAGGUGGAAGUCACGGUCCUGGGUCAUUGGUACCAGAUAUUCCCGAUUGGAUGAUAUUUGGAGACUUCAUGUCUGAACAUCUUUGA